AUGUAUCUCAUGAAGGCACAAGCUAUAAGAGAAAUGAAUGCGAAAAUGCAGAACCCUGAGACAGCUGCCGAUGAAUCUGCUUUUGAGAUGUCACUUUUCCUUAUCACUGCUGCCGUCACUGUUGGUUUUUUCACCGAAGCCCAGAUACAUUUUGACGGUCUAAAGAAAAUGGUGGAUUACAGAGGAGGAGUGACCGCGCCGAACCUUGAGGCAACCCCCACUCUGGCCGUAACGUGGGAAACACAACCAACUCCUCGUCGGAUGGCGGACCGCGUUUUCCCACCCUCAAGGUCUCCGCUGAGGAUCGUAACAUCUAAAUUACGAAAUUCCCCGUACCUAAGCGAUACACUAAAGGUUGCGAUUGACAAAACUCGUGAAAUGAUAUUCUUCGAAAAUUUUAACCGCGAAGAUCGCGUUGGCCUUACAAGUGAAGAACUUGAACUCUUCCGUCUUCGUGUACAUGAAUUGGAGCAUGAGCUCCUAGACUAUCCAUAUCGGAUAUUCAGCAAGACCGGUACGGAAUUCGAUCUAAAUAUACCACCUGUCGAAAACGUCGCUCGACUCGCCACGUUGUGCUAUAUCGGCUAUAACUGCGUGGUGGCUCCGCCAAACUCUGGCGUGGGAAGAGCCAUAACAACUCACACUAAGCUGGCGCUUGAGAGAUGUUCUCCAGAUAAGCCGACUAGACUGGCCGAUGACCUGCUUGACAUGCUUGCCUGGGCCGCUUUUGUUGGUGUACAGCCUGAAGGUGUCCAGUUAGAACGGCCGUGGUUCUUGCAUAGACUCAAACACAUUUCAAUGCUGCGAGGCUGGAAGGAUUGGAACGAAGUUGAAGAAGUCAUGCGCGGAUACAUCUAUGUGCCGAGUUUUCAUGCGCCUAUUUGGAAGAGGAUAUGGAGGGACGCCAUGUCCAUGUGGAUUGUGACGGAAGAGGAUUGA